AUGAGUGGACUCGAGUGCCUUGCUGCCGAGAAAGUGUGGUUUGACAAGAACCGCUACGAUGAGGCCGAGAGGAAGUUCUACGAGGGCGCUAAUGGACCUGCCCCCAAGCAGCAACAGUCUUCCUCACAGUCAGGAGAGCAGGAGCUGAUUGGCCGCAUGAAGAGCCUGGAGUUGGAGAACCAAGCUUUGCACAAAGUGGUCCGCGAUAUGCAGGCUGCCUUGCAGAAGCUUGAAUCCAGAGUUGUUCAGCUAGAGAAGACCCCGGGGUCAGCAGCAGUCCCAGUAGUCAAGGCCGCUCCCGCCGUCAAAGCUGCGCCUGCAAAACAGGCGGAAGAAAACGGGGACGAAGACGACGACAUGGACUUGUUCGGCAGCGAUGACGAAGAUGAAGAGGCGGCCCGUCUAAAGCAAGAGCGCGUGGAAGCAUACGCUGCCAAAAAGGCCAAAAAGCCCACCCUGAUCGCCAAGUCAUCCAUCUUGUUGGACGUCAAGCCCUGGGACGAUGAGACAGACAUGGCCAAGCUGGAAGAGUGUGUGCGCUCGGUGCAGAUGGACGGUCUCCUGUGGGGUGCGUCCAAGCUUGUGCCGGUAGGCUACGGUAUCAAAAAGUUGCAGAUCAACUGCGUGGUGGAGGACGACAAAGUGGGGACAGACAUUUUGGAGGAGGAGAUCACCAAGUUUGAGGACUUUGUCCAGAGUGUCGACGUUGCUGCCUUCAAUAAGAUCUGA